UAAAUAAUUCUUAAUGGGUUCCUUGUCUUCCCCUCCUCUGUCUCCUUCGCAACCGGAUCAGAAUCCGGCCAGCGGCUUCAGAAUCUUCCUCUCUUUUUCCGGCCGCGAUGAGACCACCGACGCUACCCUGCCCAAUUGGCUGGAGAACUACAACCCCUGCGACAACACCAGAGGCUACGCCGGAUUGAUACCGGGGAUCCCGCCUGGCCACGUCCUCAAAGAUUUCUCCAUGGUGGCCCUCGCCGGCUUCGUCUACGUCAUCGGCGGCCGGCUCUGCCUCAAGGAACCCCCGUCCGGCGAGCGAGACGUGGACGUGCGACCGGACGUGGUCCGUUACGACGUGGAAUCGGGCGAGUGGUCCGCGUGCGCUCCCCUCGCCCUCCAGCGGUUCGACUUCGCCUGCGCGGCGUGCAACGGGAAGAUCUUCGUGGCGGGCGGGCUGUGCUCCGUGUCGAACGCGCGGGGCACGACGGCGGGGGAAGUGUACGAUCCGGCGCGGGACGCCUGGGCGCCUCUCCCGGACAUGGCGGCGAUGCGGCACAAGUGCGUGGGCGUGGCGUGGCAGGGCCGGUUCCACGUGGUGGGUGGAUUCGCGCAGCGGGAGGGCGCCGGCUGGCUCACGGUGAUGGAACGCAGCUCGGCGGAGGUGUUCGACGAGGAGCAGGGUAAGUGGGAGCUCAUGCCGGGGAUGUGGCAGCUGGACGUGCCCCCCAAUCAGAUCGUGGAGGUGGGAGGGCGGCUCUUCAGCUCCGGCGACUGCCUCAACAGCUGGAAGGGGCACAUCGAGACCUACGACGGGAAACUGAACAUAUGGAGCGUGAUCGAGCGGUCGCAGAUGCAGCAACUGUCGUCGCUGGUGGCGGAGAGGCAGGAGAUGAGGAGGGUGUACCUGACCAUGGCUCAGAUUGGGGCGCAUCUCUACUUCGUGGCGGGGUAUCAGUCGGCGGCAGGCGACGGCGAACCGAGGUCGAUGUCGGUGGUGCAUGCUUUCGACACGGCGGCGGGGGCCGGGGAGGCGUGGGGGACCUUCGAGCCGUUGAUGGAGGAUGGGAAUAAGGAGCUGUGCAGUCACUGCUGCGUGCUGCAGCUCUCCCAUUAAUUAAUUAGUACAAUCCAUUAUUAUUAAUUAUUAAUUUAGACCUGUUUUUACCAUCCUGCCCCUAUCCUAUAUAUUAACGAUGCAACUCCACCCUGUAGAAAUUAAUUAAGUGCUCCUUUAAUUAAUUUAUUUUCACGUA